AUGCCCGUUGUAGAUGCGGCCAGGAAUAUCUACUUCAACAUUAUGUUCUGGGUCCUACUUUUCAGUCUCCCAAUCAAUCUGCUGGCUGCCUAUUUCUCGGCGACGAACGAUCGUUUAUCGCUGCCGAUUCGACUUUUUACAACCACAGAAAGUUGCUGUAAAGUCAUCUACGCGGCUCCUUUUGUGCUCUACUCGUUUUGUCAACUUCCGUUUAUAGAG